AUGUCUGCAAGCAUGAUUGCACCGUCGCUUCCUGCCAUCGCUUCCGAUCUCACCAUCAGCGCUUCUACUGCACAGAUAACCAUGUCGGUAUACUUCCUUGGCAUGGGCAUCGCGCCGUUCUUAAUCGCAAGCGCCAGUGAGAUAUGGGGAAGGAAGCCAAUCUGGCUGAUAUGUAACGCUUGGUACGUGGCCUGGAACACACUUUGUCCUGUGGGAAGGAACACUGGCUUGAUGAUCGUUGGGAGGUUUAUGACCGGAGCUGGUGCGAGUGUGGGCGUAACGCUCAAUGGACCAGUCAUGGCAGAUAUGUAUGGCGAGAACGAACGCGGCAAAUCCCUGGCCAUGGUGACGCUACUGCCCUUCCUUGGUCCUGCUCUCGGACCAAUCAUCGGUGGUCUUGUUACCCAUUCCCUCCAUUGGUCGUGGGUCUUUUGGAUCAUGAGUGCUUUCAACGCAGUAGUCCUAAUCGUUGGAUUCUUCUUGAUUCGCGAAUCAUACACACCAGUCUUGCUCCGUCGCAAAGCCUUAGCCGAGGGUGGUAACGUCCCAACCACCAAAGCUGAGCGUGCUCGCAUUGCGCAGAACCUCCUGCGUCCAAUCCGCAUCUUUAUGACAAGGCCUAUCACCUGGCUUAUCUCACUGACCGCGACGUUGUCUUUUGCCGUCUAUACACUCAUGCUCGCUACUUACGCGUCGCUGUGGAUCGACAAAUACGGUCAAUCUGAGCUUGUCGGCAGCUUACAUUAUCUCUCGGUUGCAAUAGGCUCGACCCUAUGUGGUCAACUGGGCGGCCGCAUCAUGGACUGGUCGUAUCGAAGACAAGCUAAACGGACUGAUGGAAAAGGCGUGCCUGAGUUCCGCAUCCCCUACAUGGUUCCAGGAAUGAUCAUCAUGCCAGCCGGUCUCUUCUGGUAUGGGUGGUCGGCCGAGCGCACACUCCACUGGGUGAUGGUCGAUUUCGGUGUUGUUAUCUUCACGCUGGGUAGCUUCAUCGUGAACCAAGCAAGCAUCGCAUACCAGAUUGAGGAGUUUGGCCAGUUCGCAGCUUCCUCUGGUGCAGCAAUUCGUUCUGUCUCGUAUGGCCUCGCAUUUGUCUUUCCGGUUUUUGCGCCCGACAUGUACAACAGUCUGGGAUAUGGUUGGGGUAACAGCGCAUUGGGUUUCGCCUCGAUUGAGUUGGAGAGAGUGCGUGAUCAAAACGAACGCGUCGCAAGGUCCGCUAACCAUGACGUCAUUGCCGCAUUGACCCACGCCACGCUUGAGCACCUGCAACUUCGAAAUCUCGCCCAGGGGGAGGCCUUCUACUGCACCAUCGUCGAGUUCCUGAUAAUCGACCUUGACAAUUCCGUUCUCUCCGUGACCCGUGUCAGCAUAUUCGGGGUGCACAGCCGCUACUCUGGCGAAGAUGAUGAGCUUGAGAAUAUCUUCGCCGCUAUUGCCGCUCACCCUCGCCCGGCUCCCAGGUCCCAACCUUGGAAGCCACGGUUGUUUAACGUUCUCUUGCGCGUCUCUCUCCCAGCUUUCCAAUUCGUGGUCAUGUCGAACAUAUUCCGCAUCGAUCUCGGAAGCAACCGUCUCGCCAUCAAAAAUGUUUCCGUGAUCUAG